AUGGGCCUCAGAAACAGAUCAGAGAGGCCCACUUUGCAGUCAGAGAAAGGAACCAAGGACGGGACACGGAGAGACGGCGGGGAAGGGGUUCGGGGACCGGGCAUUGGGCAGAGGGCCACGCGGCGCCGGCGCUUCCGGUCGCCUUCUGAUGGCGUCAGCGGCGCUCGCAGCCUGGGAGGACAGAACGCGCCGAAAGCAGGCCGAGCCCGAGCUGCGCCGCGUGAACGGCACGGCCGGCUCCCAGCGGAGGCUCCUGAAUGGCAGCGGCUGCAGACCACAAACGACCCUGAGCAGAGCGGGACAGGCGACAGCGGGCGACAGAUACCGGAGACAGCAGGCGGGGAGGCCCCUUCAUCCGCCCGGAGCCCGCGAGCGCCCACCCCGCGCGCGCCGGGGCCGCCGCCUCCCGCGCCUGCGCAGUCUCCGCCUCCCCGUCGACGCGCGCUCCCGGCCGCUUCGGUCGAGGCCGUCUGGUACUGCCUAGUUCGGAGGCAGACGCUCUACCUGGGUUUUCAGCCGGCACAGCGCCCGCCCCCCAGCUCUCCUGACAGUCAUCUUGGCCCUUCUUCCCAAAGUGUCCGCCGCCACCCCUCCUCUCUCGACCCCCUCACCUCGCCUAUCCGCGGAGACUGGCGGUGCGCCAGCGUCCAGCUCUGCGCAUGCGCGGGACCUCCGUCCCGCCUCUGGUCGGCACUCAGCUCUGCGCAUGUGCGGGGCCUCCGCGCCGUACCUGGCAGGCACUUGUGGGCGGUUCCUCCCGCGUGGCCACGCGGGGCGCGGGCCUCGGCCUUUGGGCUUAAGCUUCACAGUGCAGUUUACCCUCAACACGGAUACAAGAUGCUUGCAGUGUUUAAUCUUCAGUGUAAGGUUUUCUCUAACAGGAACUCCCAAUGA